AUACAUCACAUCAAGGAACGUUCUCGAAGAUUCAGAUCUCGUUCUCGGACACCAGAUGAUGUGUUUCAUACCCAGCCGAUUGGCGCACGUGGUUCCGGUUUUCUGUACACUGUUGGCAAUCAUCAUGUCGGGCACCGGCGACGGGGGCAUUACAAACGACGGGAUGUGGACCAGGAACACCGUCAUGGACGACCUACGCUCCACGUCAGAUGUGUUGUGGGUGCACGAAGCGUGCAUGUCAGACAUUGCCUGUGUUGUCAUGUGUCUUAGCAGCGUGGUUUGCAAAAGCGUCUUCUACAACCCAAAUAACCACCAAUGUCAAGGUCACAGUGUAAUUGUGACGGUGUCAGACACUACGGCAGAGGUCGGCAACAUUUUCUUUGCGAAAAUCAUACCACCAGCUCCUCCUACUACUACCACGACACCAACGCCGUAUCUACACUACGCCGACACCGUGAACAACAUGGCGUACGACAUCUACACGAGCGGCCCCAUGGGCUGGCUUGACGCCGAGGCGGAGUGUCUGAGGCGUAGCAAGAGGCUCAUAAGACUGGAGACCUCGGCUAAGAGAACAGCGCUCAGAACCAAACUGGGGACCAUCAAUGCAACACGGGACCAGAAUGUAUGGGUGGCCGGAUACCGCUGUUGCAAUGCGGACCUCCCAACGUGGGACAGUGCAAAGCUCUACCCCAGUGAUUAUAACAUUUACAACCAUUUUAUGUACCCCCUUCCCUGGAAAAUCGUGACCACCGUGAACUCCUCAGACACCAUCGACCUACUGACAGUAGACCUCAGCAUUGAUGACAAGCGGCUGUUUGUUUGUGAGGACUUGACAGGAACUGACUGAGGAACCACGUGCACGAG